GUCAUUUGCUUAUCGACUUUUGUCUUAAUAGAAAAGUGAUUUAUAUUCCUGUAAAGAUGAACUGUCGCGAUCGUCAUUAUUGACGUUUCUCGUGGUGUGACAGUGCUGGCCGCUACUGCUGCCGUGCGUCACUAUUUUCGUGUGCGAAAAGAGCGCAGGAUACAAUAGCCACUAGUGAAACAAUGGGAAUCGUGCAGAGCCGUGCCGGCGAAAGCGAUGGCGGUGUGCGCGAAGUGUUCAUCGGUGGUGUCAAGGGCGGCGCGCCUCAUCAAUCCUGUCAACCUAGCCUCGGCAUGGGAAGUUUGGGUGGACCGCACGCACGGAGUGGCAGCGUCCGUGGCGCGCCAAGGCAACCAAUGCCUGACGCUGCGGAGCUCGAGAGGCGUUUCACUAAAGUGCUGGCUUCGAUGGAUUUGCCACCGGACAAAGCGAAGCUUUUGAAGCAAUACGACAACGAGAAAAAAUGGGACAUCAUAUGCGAUCAAGAACGAGUACAAGCAAAAGAUCCGCCGUCGCAUUAUUUAGCAAAAUUACGUACCUACCUGGAUCCGAAAGCUUCGCGAAGCCAUCGAAAAAGGAAAAUGGUUGGGGAAUCAACAUCUACUCAAGUGUUACGGGAUUUGGAGAUCUCUUUACGCACAAAUCACAUAGAAUGGGUGAGGGAAUUCCUAGACGAGGAGAACCAAGGCUUGGACGCCCUUAUAGACUACCUCAGCUUCAGGUUACUCAUGAUGAGGCACGAACAGCGUCUCCUGGAAUCCCACGCGAGUUCCGAGGAGAAAUUACAAACCGCUGGUUCUGGGGACACGUCGCCCUUAAAUAACGGCUGCCUGAGGCCACCACUUCACGAACUCAAGGAUAGUCCUGGCGUUAAACGGCGAUCACGGCACGUGGCGCGUCUGAAUAUGGGCGAAGCGAAAGAUGACAUUCAUGUUUGCAUACUGUGCAUGCGCGCCAUCAUGAAUAACAAGUAUGGCUUCAACAUGGUCAUUCAGCAUCGAGAAGCAAUCAAUUGCAUCGCGCUCAGCCUGAUGCACAAGAGUUUAAGGACGAAGGCUCUAGUACUGGAACUUCUCGCCGCUAUCUGUCUGGUAAAGGGUGGCCACGAGAUUAUUCUGUCCGCGUUCGACAAUUUCAAAGAAGUUUGUUUGGAAAGGCGAAGAUUUACGACUCUGAUGGCAUACUUCACCCAAUACGAUAGCUUUCACAUAGAAUUCAUGGUUGCCUGUAUGCAAUUCGUAAAUAUCGUGGUUCAUUCGGUAGAAGAUAUGAAUUUCAGGGUACACCUGCAAUAUGAAUUUACCAAGCUUGGUUUGGACGACUAUCUCGAAAAGCUCAGGCAUACUGAGAGCGAGGAUUUGCAGGUUCAAAUCUCUGCGUAUCUAGAUAAUGUAUUCGAUGUAGCUGCCUUAAUGGAGGACAGUGAAACAAAGACUGCCGCGUUAGAAAAAGUAGCUGAAUUAGAAGAUGAACUUGGUCAUGCUCACGAUAGAAUGGCAGAAUUGGAAAGAGAAUCACUGGCAAAGUUAGCCGAAUUAGAGACUGAAUUAGGUGCGUUAAAAGUGGAAUAUGCUGAUGCGGUAGAUGCUCGUCGAUUGGCCGAGGAAGAACUCACAGCUCUGAAAAGGCAAAAGCAAGAUUCUGCUCGACGACAAAGUGUCCUGGAGAAUAAGAUUAUCGAGUUGGAAACACUUACAGGAACUCUUACGAGGGGUUCUUCGGCGAGCCUUCGAAAUGGAUGUGCAACCAGUCCUGUUAGUACCUCGGAUAACGUUACGUCCUCUACGCUUAAUUCGAGCCCGUCUCCGACAUCAGAAGAAUCUCCUCCAUUAGCCCCUGCACCACCUCCACCACCUCCACCUCCGUGUCCACCGCCACUCCCGAUGGCACCUCUCUCUCCUGGAGAUCAAAAAUUACCACCACCUGCGCCUAUACCUCCACCACCUGCCGGCAUGAUGCAAGCGCCGGAUGGAGCAAUGACUAUUAAACGAAAGGUUCAAACCAAGUACAAACUUCCCACACUUAACUGGAUUGCCCUGAAGCCUAAUCAAGUACGAGGCACUAUUUUUAAUGAGCUGGAUGACGAUCGAUUACACAAUUAUAUAGACUUCUCCGAUUUCGAAGAACGAUUUAAAAUCGGUAUGGGUAGUCACGUUGCUAAUGGCACCAAUGAAAUCGACGGCCUGCAAAGUUUCCCUAGUAAAAGAUUCAAGAAGCCAGAGAACGUGUCGCUUUUAGAACACACCAGAUUACGAAAUAUUGCUAUAUCGCGACGAAAGAUGGAAAUGCCAGUAGAGAAAGUAAUUAUGGCAGUCAAUGCUCUAGAUCUGAAAAUACUUUCGUUGGAAAAUGUAGAGUUGUUGCAGCGCAUGGUGCCAACAGAUCAAGAGAUAAAAGCAUACAGGGAAUAUAUCAUAGAAAAGAAAAACGUGAGUCUUCUAACAGAGGAGGACAAAUUUUUGAUGCAACUCGGCAAAGUGGAAAGGAUAUCGACGAAACUGUCCAUUAUGAACUAUAUCGGAAACUUUUUUGACAAUUUACAUCUUAUUACUCCGCAAAUACAUGCUGUGAUAUCUGCAUCAAGUACGGUUAAGAGUUCAAAGAAAUUAAGAGCAGUAUUAGAAAUUAUCCUUGCGUUCGGAAAUUAUCUAAACAGUAGUAAACGAGGCCCUGCGUAUGGAUUCAAACUUCAGAGCUUAGACACAUUACUCGACACCAAAUCAACAGACAAGAGAAUGUGCCUUUUACAUUACAUUGUAGCUACGAUACGUGUCAAGUUUCCAGAACUAAUUAAUUUCGAAUCUGAACUUAUGUAUAUUGAUAAAGCAGCAACAGUCUCGUUGGAGAAUAUAACUACUGAUGUUCAUGAAUUAGAGAAGGGUAUGGACCUUGUAAGGAAAGAAUUCGAACUUCGUGGCAAAGAGAAACACAACACAGUACUGCGAGAUUUCUUAAAUAAUUCCGAAGAAAAAUUACGUCGCCUAAAAUCUGAUGCUCGUGCUGCGGGCGAUGCAUUCCGAGAAUGCGUUGAAUUUUUUGGAGAAAGCCCCAGACAAGCCGAUGCUAAUACAUUCUUCUCGCUUCUUGUUAGAUUCGCAAGGGCAUUUAAGGCUGCGGAUCAAGAAAAUGAACAGCGUCGCAGAUUAGAAGCUGCCGCUGCAGAAGCUUUGAACGCCUCAGAAGAUGUCAUUAAACGAAAUAAAUUAAAUCAAAAGAAGCAGCAGGACGCUGUGAUAAACGAGCUGAAAAAUAAGACGAGACUGGUUCAGGAAAAGAAGUUGUUGCAACAAGAUGAGGUUUAUAAUGGUGCUCUAGAAGACAUCCUUCUUGGGCUUAGAUCAGAACCGUACCGACGAGCAGACGCUGUUAGGCGUAGUCAACGCAGACGUAUCGAUAAUCACAGACUAUCACGUACUGCCGAGGAAUUAGAACUUUAA